CCCACAUCUAAACUUCAACGUUCGGCUUUGGGCACACACUUAACAUUGCAGAGACCAUGCACGCGUGACAUGGUGUCCAUACUCACCGUUUCCUUUUGACCGACUCUUCGCGACGAUUGACCGCGCAGCUUGACCCUAAACGCCCACCACCGAGACCGCCGACACCCCCGCGAUAUCACCAUGGCUGAGUUCGCCAUGUACCAUGCCCUUGGGCAAGAUUCACCCAAUACAAACGGCGCGCAGAGCCAGAGGGAAUCGAACGCCUUUCGUCCUCCUGUCGCAGCGAGUCCGGGAGGCUAUCAGCAAGCUGGUAGUCCGGCAAUGGGCCAUGUCCCUAAUCAAUACGCCGGAGCACCGAACCCGAAUAUCUCCACACCUCAGGAUCCGAGUUACUUUCCGCCACAGCAGUCGCCAUACCCUGGCUCAUCGAGUAUGGAAAAUUUGACAUCACAAAUGGGAGCGGUUGGAUUGGGUCUGGAUCAACCAGCACAACCGGCGCCACAUAGGCACAAGAAGAAGGACAGGCACGCUUACCACAACAUUGGAUCACCAGGAGGAAGCUCUCAGGCGUUCAAUGGCAUACCGCAAACUGGAACACCGACGCAAUUCUUGAACCAGAAUUCGCCUUCGGUAGGUGGUCCUCAAUGGGCCUCUCCGCAGAUAACACCGGCCAUGAGCCAAUUCCCUGCUGCGACGCCGAUGUUUAGUCCAGUAAAUCCAGCGACACCAAUGCAGCAUGCAGCACGGACGGGUGCUGGUGCUCUUACCGGUGGCUCUCCUGCCUCAUCUGCCCAAGGACGUGUGGACCCGGAGCAGAUCCCCAGCGUACCCAGGUCGCGAGAUAUACCGGCGAAAUACUACUUGGAGCAUAUAUAUCCUACAAUGGAGCACCAUCUUCCGCCUCCAGCCCUGGUACCUUUUGUCGCCUAUGACCAAGGGAACUCGUCUCCCAAAUUCGCAAGACUCACCCUCAACAGCAUUCCAGCGUCCGCAGAGGCACUUGCCGCUACGUCUCUGCCGUUGGGUUUGGUGUUGCAGCCCCUUGCCCCUCUGCAGGAAGGAGAGGUCCCUAUACCGGUGUUGGAUUUUGGCGAGACUGGUCCACCCAGGUGCAGAAGAUGUCGGGCGUAUAUCAACCCGUUCAUGACCUUCCGGUCCGGCGGAAACAAGUUCGUCUGCAACAUGUGUACCUUCCCGAAUGAUGUGCCUCCGGAAUACUUCGCGCCUACGGAUACCUCUGGCGUGAGGGUUGACAGGUUGCAGCGUCCAGAGUUGACCAUGGGAACGGUGGACUUCAUGGUACCGAAGGAAUACUGGUCGAAAACUCCUGUUGGGCUGCACUGGUUGUUUCUUAUCGAUGUGACUGCUGAAUCCGUAAAUCGGGGGUUUCUGGACGGAUUCUGUGAAGGCAUCAUAAGUGCGCUGUACGGUACAGAGGGGGAGUCUACAGAGGGCCAGAGGAGGCUACCUCCCGCUGCCAAGGUCGGCAUUGCUACCUUUGACAAGGACCUACACUUCUACAACCUGAGCCCCGGUUUAGAGAAGGCGCAGAUGCUGGUUAUGCCGGACAUUGAGGACCCGUUUGUGCCGUUGAGUGAUGGCCUUUUCGUCGAUCCCAUGGAGUCGAAGUCUAUCAUCACCUCGUUACUUCGGCAACUUCCGACAAUGUUCUCCCAGAUCAAGAACCCUGAGCCUGCUCUGCUCCCGAGCCUCAAUGCGGCGCUGAUGGCACUCAACGCUACCGGCGGCAAGAUUGUUUGCUCCCUGUCUGCGCUGCCGACUUGGGGCCCUGGACGCCUGUUUUUACGUGACGAUGGAAGCAUGCAUAGCCCGGAUGCGGAAAAGAAGCUUCUGACCACGGAGCAUGCGGGAUUCAGAAAGGUCGCGCAGAAGAUGGUGGAGAGUGGAGUUGGAAUCGACUUCUUCCUGGCGGCUCCUAGUGGUGGAUACCUUGACAUUGCUACCAUUGGUCAUGUAUCCGAAAAGACCGGCGGCGAGGUGUUCUAUUAUCCGAACUUCCACUCUCCACGUGACACGUUGAAGCUCUCCAAGGAGAUCAAGCAUACAGUGACUAGGGAGACCGGUUAUCAAGCCCUCAUGAAGGUGCGCUGCUCCACGGGAUUGCAAAUCUCUGCAUACCAUGGAAAUUUCUAUCAUCACACCUUCGGCGCUGAUCUUGAGUUCGGCGUGAUCGAUGCCGACAAGAGCAUUGGCGUCAUGUUCGCGUAUGAUGGGAAACUGGAUCCAAAACUCGACGCUCACUUCCAGGCCGCCUUGCUGUAUACUACUGCUAGUGGCGAGAGAAGGGUGAGGUGUGUAAAUCUCGUUGCUAGCAUUAGUGCUACUGUGGGCGAAACGAUGAAGUUUGUCGAUCAGGAUGCGAUUGUUAAUAUCAUCGCAAAAGAAGCGGCAGCUAGGAUGACGGAAAAGAGUCUCAAGGAUAUCCGGGGAGCGUUGACUGAGAAGACGGUUGACAUUCUUGCAGGCUAUAGGAAAGCCUCCACCAGCAACAACCCACCUGGUCAGCUCGUGCUGCCGGAGCACAUGAAGGAGUUCACGAUGUACAUCUUGGGCUUGAUCAAAUCCAGAGCAUUCAAAGGCGGUAAAGAGCCGACCGAUAGGAGAGUGCACGACAUGAGGAUGAUAAAAUCGAUGGGUCCCCUGGAGUUGUCCCUGUACCUGUACCCUCGGAUUAUUGCAAUACACAAUCUGGAUGAAAAAGUCGGCUUCCCUAAUGAGAAUGGCCAUCUGAGGAUGCCUGACACGAUUCGAGCCUCCUUCUCUAAGGUGGAAGAAGGCGGUGCAUAUCUCGUGGAUAACGGCCAGAUCUGCCUUCUCUGGUUUCACGCCCAGGUAUCUCCGAACCUACUGGAAGACUUGUUUGGGCCCGGACACACGACGCUGAAGAGCCUGGACGCUUUCUCCUCGACGAUACCAGUCCUAGAGACGCACUUGAAUGCCCAAGUACGAAACAUACUGCAGUGUAUUGAAAGCAACCGAGGCUCGAAAGCUCUGACUAUCCAACUCGCCAGACAAGGGCUGGAUGGCGCAGAGUACGAAUUUGCCCGGCUCCUCUACGAAGACCGCAACAACGAGGCACAGAGCUAUGUAGACUGGCUGGUGCAUGUACAUCGGCACAUCCAGUUAGAGCUUUCUGGCCAACGGAAGAAGGAGAGCUCGGACGAUGCGGCGGCUUCGGCUUUCAUAGGACUUAGGACGCCAUAUUGGGGGAACUGAGAGGGCGGGGUUGGGGUCUGUAUUGCAUAGCGAUUUUCUCUUAGGUGUACAGCGCAUUACUUAUAUGGGGUUCCACGAGAUAUGCUAGGAUUAAAAGGGGAGUUUGUCAUU